UAUGUUAAAUGUAUUUUUAAAAAUGGCCCUUCAUUAAAAGAAGUUUCUUCUAGGUUAAUCUUCAGAGGCGUAAAACCCAUUGAUUGGGGACAGAGCAAUCAUGUCUCUGUCUGCAAUAUCUAAAAAUUUAUUUUAUAGGUUUUUUAGCUAUUCUUACAGACAAUCAGUGGUUGUCAACGGAAUUAACAAUACUAAUUUAAGGACACAUUUUCGUUCUAGCUAUGAUAGUAAACAUUGGAGGUAUUAUUGCGAGAGAAAGAAAUGGAUAACUAUUAUUUUAGAAAAAACUGAUGGUACUCAUGUAAAAAGAAAAGGAGAAAUUGGGAAAACACUUUAUGAUGCUCUUUUUGAUGAUCCAGACUUUCCAGAAUUUGGUGUAUGCAAAGGUACAAUGGCUUGCUCAACAUGCCAUGUGAUUUUUACAAAAGAGGAUUUCAAUACAAUUAGCAAAUUUAAAAAGGAGGAUGAAUCUGAGAUGGAUGUGUUAGAUGACAUAGCCAAUCUGUAUCCUGCAGGUGAUGCUGAUUUCCGAACUGAUACUUCACGUCUUGGAUGUUGUGUUGACAUAAUCCCAGAAAUGGAUGGAAUGGUGAUAAAGCUUCCUAAAACAAGACAGCUUCUUGGUACUUAAGUCAUUUAUCAAUUUCAAAAGUAGUGUACAGGAUGCACCUGAAAUAAGUUAAAAAAUAAUUAAAAUUACAAAAAUUUAUUAAAGGUGAAGCAAAUGUGAUUGAAAUUUAGUUUUAGUGCCCCUUCACUUCGCCAAGGAUGCCAACAAUGCCAAGGUCAAGAUUCGAGACGGUUGGCAAUAACGGUUUUAACAGUAUUAUUUCUCUGGUCAGCUGUCUUGGCAUCUUUGGCGAGGUAUAAGGGUACCUUAAACUAGAUUUUAAUAGCAAAUGUUCAUAAAUGAGUGAGGUUUGCAUUAAAAGGCUCAGAAAAUGAUGAUUAAAAAAAUCAAAACAUGUACCAAAAAAGAUGCUAGAAGAUAAUAACAGAACAACUUAGUGCUAUAUUGAUUUAUUUCAAUAAUAAUUGUUCAGCAAGACCUUAACUACAUAUAAUGACAAAAAUAAAACCUUAACUACAUAUAAUGACAAACCAUAUCACGUGACAUCAGAGUGCAUUCCACAAAUGGCAUUUUUGAAUUCCUUCAGUGUAGCAAAGGAGGACUGAUGCACAAGCCACUUUAAAUAAUCCUGCAACUAAAAUUCUACUGGGUUAAGGGUUGGUGAUCAUAGAGGCCACUGAUACUUACAACGUUGAUUUCAUCAUUCGAUCUUAUUAAAAAAGUAUCCGAAACUCGUAACUUGAGGUUAGUCAUCAUUAUUCGCGAAUAUUACUGAAGGCAAACUUAGAUUUGAUAUUGAAUUAACAAAUCCAUGUGAAUCUAGGUACUUUAAUAAAAGCCUGUUUUCUUAAAAAUUUUAUUUAAAUUUCGAUUCACCAUCUUUUAUUGGUAAUUUUUUGAACUACAU